AUGAAAGCAGUGUCAACAUUGUUGAAGCGUUUGGUAACUGUAGAGCAGAAAGCAAAUUUGAAGGAUUUGAAGUCAGAGUUGAUUGAGAUAAUGGACCUGUUUUUCAUGGUGAAGGAGAAUGAAGAACUCCUUGACAUAUUAACAGAGGUGGAUGGCUAUAUUCGCAAAAAAAACAUAGGAAAGUUGAUGGAAGAGAAGGAAGAGAUUUGCAAGAGAAUAAGAAAAUCAAAACAAAAGUUGCUGCGAGCUGCUACUGAAAGUAGUAAUACAGAAGCUACCAAGGAGCUCCUCAAUCGAGAAAAAGAGAAUGCAGCACUCUCUUUGAGCCAUUUUCAGGACUUGGAAAUGUUUAAGAAAAGGAAGCUAAUUCUCUGGUGGAUUGCAGUGGAUUGUGUCAUCAAAAGGCCUUGGCAAAAUAGAGCUGAGGAAAUUGAGUCUGUGUUUGGUUAUUUAUUGAAUCAUAAACUGAUUGUACCAUAUGGUAAUGACAAGUAUCCAGUUAGGAGUAGAAUUAAUCCUUGCAUCCGUCAUGAGUCAGUUAGGCAAUUGUUACAAAAUGAUGCAAAGUCUUUUAGAAAUUUUCCACAAUGCAUGGCCGAAAUGAAGCGUUUGGAGGUUCUUCAACUUGGUCGUUGGCUGCACAAUUCACCUGCACAUCAUAUUGAAGUGGUGAAUGAAGAAUUCCUAAAGGAGUUAUGGAAUCAAAAGCAUUUGAAGUACCUUCGAGUGAUAUCAAGAAUAUCUAUGUUUCCACCCUCCAUUUUUGAGUUUCACAUCCUAGAAACUCCAGAUCUCAAGGACUGUCACAAUCUAGAAACACUACCUGAUGACAUUGCGUCAUUGAGAAAGCUCAGACAUUUGGAUUUGUCUCACUGCUACUUGUUGAAGAAAAUGCCAAAGGGGUUUGAGAAGUUGUCCGAGCUUCGGGUACUCAAGGGAUUUGUAAUAGGCAGUUCUAAGAGGAGUCCUUGUAGAAUAUCAGAUCUUGCAAAUUUGGAGAAGCUAGAGUGGCUAAGCAUAUAUAUUGAAAUUGGGGCUCUAAUCCUAGCUGGAGAGCUUGAAAGCUUGAGAGAGUUCAAAGUUGUCAAAACUUAA